GUAAUAUGCACGCACAUUUUUUACAUUUCUGUUGUAAAUAAACGAAUGACAGAGACGUUGAUGAUAGUGAAAUACGAAAAUCAAAAAAAUAAUACGGAUUCCUAUUACCUGGUUGUGAAUUUUAAGGCUGCUGUAGCUACGUUGAUGUCAUUCUUACCCGCCCGUCUGCUGCCAGUCACUGGAGUUAGACUGCCGUGCCACACAGGUACUCUGUGGCCAAUGCCACCAGCUCUACCUGUCGAGAGAAGUGGACUGUCAACCUCGGGACGAGCGAGGGGUGAAUCACGUAACGUCAGUUAGCAAGUUGGCUCCUGCAGACCUCUCCUGCCACCAUCCGAAACACGUGGCUGGUAGACCAAAAGGAGGAGGAGUGCCUGUGGAUUUACUAACAGUGAAAGUUGUCAUGUCGGAAUUGAAUAAAGAGGUGGUGGAUUUGGUCUGGGGAAGGCCCUCCAGUGGAGGGGUGUCUGCCUCAAUCUUCCGUAGAUGGACCCAAGGGUUUGUGUUCAGUGAGAAUGAGCGCUCAGCACUGGAGCAGUUUGAAGGGGGGCCAUGUGCUGUCAUUGCGCCUGUUCAGGCUUUCCUUUUGAAGAGCAUUCUCUUCAAUAGAGAAAGUUCGGACUGGAGACACAUUUCAGAGGAGGAGCAGAAAGCAGCCCUGUGCUCCACUCUGAGUGAAAUCCUGGAGUCAGCCUGUUCCAGCCCCUCCACAGGCUACUGUCUGGUGUCCUGGGCCAAGGGACAGAGCCCACACACGAGCACACACACUAACACACAGACACAGUCACAAACACAGGGCAUGCCAGAGCCAGAGAGCAGCCAGCCGUCACAAGAACAGCAACCCACUGCUUUGGCUGCUGAGGACCUUGGCUUUGAGCGAUUUCACAGUGUUCUCCACAAGCGGACUGUCCUUUCAGUGUCUGAUCUUAGAGAGGAGGUGCUGUCUCUCUACCACACCUGGGGAGGGUGCUGUGGAGUCUUGCUUUUCCUCUAUUCUGUAAUCCUCACCAAGGGCAUAGAGAAUAUAAGAAAUGAGAUCCAGGACACAAUGGAACCUCUCAUAGACCCGGUGCAUGGCCAUGGCAGCCAGAGCCUGGUGAAUCUCUUUGUAACUGGUCAUGCUGUUUCUAAUGUCUGGGAUGGCGAUAGGGAGUGUUCUGGAAUGAAGCUGCAUGGUAUUCAUAAGCAGGCGUCCGUCGGCUUCCUCACUCUUAUGGAGUCUCUGCGCUACUGCAAGGUCGGGGCAUUCCUCAAGUCUCCAAAGUUCCCUAUUUGGAUCCUUGGCAGCGAAACUCAUCUCUCUGUGUUCUUCGCCAAGGAGAUGUCCUUGGUUGGCCCCGAGUCUCCAUCAGAACAGGCCAGGAGGGUCUUCCAGUCAUUUGAUCCUGAAGAUAAUGGCUUCAUCCCAGAGUCCCUCUUGGAGGAUGUGAUGAAAGCCCUUGACCUUGUCUCAGAGCCCGACUAUGUCAGUCUGAUGAAGAGCAAGCUGGAUCCAGAGAGUUUGGGCAUCAUUCUUUUGGGCCCAUUUCUACUGGAGUUCUUCCCUGAUCAGGAUUCAGGAAUCCCAGACUCGUUUCCUGUGUACCACUACAAUGGACUCAAACAGUCCAACCACAAUGAGAAGGUCGAGUAUGUGGAAGGUACAGCCCUGGUGUUAGGCUUCGAGGACCCAAUGGUUCGGACAGAUGACACUCCGGUGAAGCGCUGCCUGCAGACCAAGUGGCCCUACAUUGAGCUGCUGUGGACCACUGACCGCUCCCCGUCACUAAACUAGCACUAACACUGUUUGUGUGUUUGUGUAUGUGUAUGUGUGUGUGCGUGCAUGUGUGCGUGCGUGUGUGUGUGUGUGUGUGUGUGUGUGUGUGGAUGAGCCACUACUGCCCCCCCGCCCCGUUCCACCUUCCCCACUCUGCACACCGACUCCCAGAGGUCAACAGGUUACAAAGACCGAGACACAAGCACGGAUACAAACACACAGGAGUGAGAUAUUUGGAAAAACAUUCAUGCACAAGAGACAGAAACAAACACAUUCAUGGACAAGACACACAUCUGAAAUUAUGUUGUUGCAUUCUCACUAACUCAAACACUCAGAUCCACAAGUUGCACACAAAUGCAAACAAACUCACACUUACUAUUCAUGCUAUUGUCCUCCCCACGUGGCUUGUAAAUUGACAUGGCUUGUUUAUGGUGUUAUUAUAGAAAAAAUGUUUAAAAAAAAAAAUGCAAUGACUGUUUACUAUCCCGCGGCUCUGCUAUUUGCCGGCUCCUCGGCUCCAGUUUGGCGGUAAACAGCUUCACUGCUUAGAGAGCAAACUGGUUCGGUUCAGCAGCUGGUUUCUACUGAGUGUGUCACCAAAUCACAUGCUGAACCACAUGUACAGCCAAUCGACUGUGAAACACUACUGUUACUCCAGCUGUAGGACUGUUCGAAGGAAAAACCUACCAAUGCCUUCCACAUGUAAGGACACACACACACACAUUCACACACAUAGACAUGCACACUAUCACAUCCAAGCGUUUACAGCGAAAAGGGACCAACGCGCAUGCAGAGAACUGGAUUUCUAAACAGGAGGUUUCUUCAGCGAUUAUUCCCACAAGUAAAAGCGCAGGCUGGUUUGUGUGCUUUACACACCACAACAGGACAUUGACCAAUUACUCAUGUAUUUAUUACCACACUCCCGGGUUCUGGAAAUAAACACCUUUUUUGUUCAAA